GCGCCCCCGGGUGGUUUCGAAAUGACCAGGAAAUUACAAAUGGCGGCGCCCAUAACUUGCGGAAAGAAUGCUCCGCUACUGUGGGAAAACAGUCUUAUAUAAUUGCCUGAGGCUACGCUUUUCACAUUGUUCAUGACUUGAUCAAUGUCGGUUUCGAUCGCAACUAUUGUGGAUUUCCGGAAAGUCGGCAUUGUCAUUUUCCCUCUCGUCUUUGGUAGAUUGAUGUCGGCCGACCAUUGAUUGCCAGCAUGCACGAUGAUGAAUAAGGUUGAUGUAAACAUUAAGCCGCCUUCAAAGCGUCGACUGAAAGGUGGCCUAAUCAUCCUCGGUAUAUCAGGAGCUGUGAUCGGUGGACUUUAUGCCGUAGCAACGCCGUUCGUUUUACCAGCGUUCCGCAAGAUCCCCCUACCGUACGUGCCAGCCACAGCAAGACAGGUGGACAAUGUCUUCAAGAUGUUACACUCUGCGGGGAAGACGAGUGGGACCUUGGUUGAUCUCGGCAGUGGUGAUGGCAGGAUUGUUAUAGAGGCAGCCAAGUAUGGUUUCCAGGCUACCGGUUAUGAACUGAACCCAUGGUUAGUCUGGUACUCAAGACUGACUGCCAGGCUACAAGGAUUACAAUACAGGGCGGAAUUCUACAGGAGAGAUUUGUGGAAGGUGGAUCUGUCUCGGUACGACAGCACAGUUGUGUUUGGUGUACCCUCAAUGAUGCCAAAGCUACAAGACAAAUUGAGUGAAGAACUCCCUGAGAAUGGUGUAGUCGUAGCUUGUCGUUUUCCCUUCCCUGAUUGGACGCCCGUAGAAUCCAUAGAUGAAGGAGUGGACACAGUGUGGUGCUAUCAUAAGAACCAACUUGGACAUUUAGUCAGUGCUGGACAGUCAGUAGGAGGUUGUGAAGAGGGAGAGAGUUGAUGACAUUGCCCAUGCCUGCUGCCUGAAACAAGGCUAGGCCGUGCUAGUUAAGUCUACCCAGACCAGACUAGGUCAAGCUGACACAAUUCUAUUCAAUUAAUUAUAAUUUGAGUGGGGAGGGGGGCUAAUCAUCCUUACUCGCAGCUGAGAAGCUGACUUGCGAAGGACGUGGCUUCAACGUGGUCGAGCUGAAGGCAUUUCAAGGCGCCUAAGGCAGCCGCCAUACAACCCAUGUAUAACCACGGAGCACAGGCAGAGAUCAAAAGCGUUGAUUUUUACAGAGGGAGGAAAAGUGGAGAGCCCGGAGAAAAACCUCAUGGCACAGGAGAGAAUCAACGAGCAACUCUACUCACAUAUGGUCCGAGCCAGGAAACGAACCCGGGCCACAAUGGUGAGAGGCAACACUUUACAUGCCACCCAUGAUUCAGAGUGGCUUUUCACUGGAAGUUGUUUCAUCCAUCUGGUCUACAAAAUGGGCUGGAUUUAGCCCAUCCAUUGGAAAUACGGGGUAAUCCUAUACAACAGCACUGCCCGUAUCUCUUCACCAGCCCACAACCAGUCUAAGUCAAAACUGAUAAUCUGUGCAGUCAGUCAGUCCGUCAGGUAGUCGGUGACGUACACAGAGGACACUGGGCCGGCUCCCUGGGACCAGCUCAAUUCGGGGAACCGCUGAUUCUGGCUUAUCUCGUGAACGAGGCCGCUGGAUUAGUCCAAAGGUCAUCACAGUAUCAGGAUUGUGUUUAUAAAAUGCAAGAAGGUCAAAUAAAAGAUUGAACUGUGACAUCUGUAUGAUUGUAA